AUGGCCCCGUACAGGAAAGGGCUGUUGACAUUCGAAGGCGUCCGAAUCAAGCCAGGCAGCACGCUAAUCGCAUUUUUAGAAAGCGUGCGCAAUGGUCACGAUUGCGAAGAAGACCUACGAAAGAAAGCAGAGGACUUUUUAAAAUGCGAUGUUACCGGCAUACCUUUCGGGUCACUGCGCUCUCUGCGCGACGCCGUAAACGCCGAGGGCGUCGGUGUACCCGUUUAUUUGCACAAAUUGCUGGAGGGAUCGGAGCUCUGUUUCCCGACUCCCGUGACGCCUCCCCGCAACCCCGAACUCGAAGCUCGCGUGCAGAAGCUUAAGGCGCAACAGCUGAAUCGGGACUACGACCGCAUGACAUCUGACGUGGACGUUUGCCGCGCCAGGUCGUCACCAUUCACCAAGGUUGGAGCAGAGGUGCGGCAAGUCAAGCAGCAGUCGUGGGCUCUGGUCAAUCUAUUGGUCACCGUUGCCGGGACGUUUGCAUUCUUCUACAAGGCGGUCGAGUAUUCGCUGCCUGAUCCCCACAUUCCCCUACAGGUCCUUGUUGGACUCAUUGCCUCCAUUGUGGUGGCCGUUGCUGAGUUGUACUUUUUGAUACGUGUCAUCUAGUCCAAGUACACAGCUUGUCUUUAAAGUCAUAUCUGAUGUGUUCUUUGUGCUCAUUCUGAAGGCUGGAUCCUUUUUGGAUGGGCAUGCAAGCGCAGUGCAAUGUUUGUAGAAUCUGUUGCAACAUUUAUUCACUUGGUGGGAAUUGAGAGCAGUUCAUUUGCAUAACUCGUCAAUCAAUGCUAUUGAACUUGUGGUAGAAGGGACUGGUUGUGUGAGCUGCUAUCUCUGGGAAAUUUAUAUCUCUUUGGGUCAAGGAAUGUAUCCAUUUUGCUUAAAUUGAUGCACCUUUGUACUGGUGUGCCGGGGAAAGUUUUGCAGAAAGCAGCGCUGAAACACGGGACUAAGAGGUACACGGAAACAGGGUGCUUGCUGACAACUGGUCAUAUUUAAUGUACCACCACAGAAAAUGUUAUGAAAGGAAACAGCGCUGCACACAUGCGCAGACACAAAAAGAUGUACGCACAAACACAUGCAAAUCUGUUAGGAUUAGUAGUUGAUCUAGUCGACCAAUUUUUCAAAGUGCAAUAAUGAUGGUAAGCUGACACUUGUUGCACUUUUCCUGUGGAUUACAAACAUUCCGUGAAUCUCUUGAGCAAGCAUUCAUAACUUUUUGAGUUCAUUGAUCAAUCUAUUGCAGGCACACGUGCAAAACUUAUAGAAAUGUAAGGCCAAGUGGCUGGCAGUAAAUACCUUGAGCGAAAAUAUGCACUUUAUCAGGCAUUUGCUACAUUAAAUACAGUUAGUUGCUAGUUGGUGCCCAUAUCUAUCUCUCUUGAACCCACUCCUUGCCUUUAUCUAGGCCCUAGGAAGCUUCGAGCUGACAGAGAACUGUUUGCAUUUGUGCCCAUCAGAAAAGUGUAUACAGUCUUGUUCUUCCUGCUAUAUCUAACAUCACCAAAGAAUUGGAAUGUCAAUUUUUGUUGUAAUUUGGUAGUUCCUGCCAUUAUUUGUUUUUUUCCACUGGUGUAUGUUUUCAUUCAUUGCGUAAAUCAUUAAGGCAUGGCAGCUACAAGAAAGUGAUGUGUUGGUUGUGUCUGAUUAGCUUGAAAAAAAAUCUACAAACUGUGGCCAGUUACUUUUCUGUAAUGAGCGGCCACAGCAUCAGUUGUGUUGUAAUGUGCGCUGCCUCUUGUGCCACCAUGCAUCGCUGGUGGCACAAGACUUUUUUGAACUUUUUUUAAGCUAGUCGUAAGGAGGCCACAGAUGUGUGGAAGGGCUUCCAAGAAGCUGUCUAGAAUGGGGAAUUAAUGAAACCUAGUACAGUUGCCAUCCUAUUGUAUUGUACACGGCUAUCUGGGAAAGGACAUGCCUGCAUGGGGUUACUUACUGCAAACGUUCACUGUGAAAAAAUUUCUGUAUGUAUUUGUCUACAUGGGUGUGUGUGUGUACAGAGCAGGCCAAUGUGAUAGGGAACACAUCAUAUGUACUUGGGAAAAGAUUAGUGCAGAAAUUAUUCACUAAUACUAUAGUAUUCGCCAUGUCGCUCUCCUAUCAAAGACCCCACGCUUCUGUACUUCCAUUCACCACCAAAGCAAGUAAAAAAUUCUUAGUCUUGAGUACGGAUCAAAUGUUUCCUUUCCUAUUGGAUCUGAUUGUACACGCACAUUCACACACCCCUGAAUAAAUAU